AUGGCUGGUGAGAAGAGUUUUGUAGUGUUGGUGCAUCAUAGAGGAUCAAUUAAGAGAAAAAUACGAUCUGGUGUGAAGUUCACUGAUAAGGAUCCUCUCAGUAUUUUUAUGAGACCUACGACGAGAUAUGAUGAGUUUGUGAAUUCUAUACUACGGAAACUUGGUCUGCAAGGCGUCAAACGGGUCCUGUUUCAUUGUCGUCGGCAGUUUUCCGAGGUUAGGACACCUGAGCUGUUGGCGAAGUUGGUGGACGUGGUAUCUAGCUCGGGGGGGUCGAACCGGAAUACCCAAACUAUAGGCACGGUAGCCGGUUCUAGCUCGAGACCUGUUGGUGCAUCUUUGUCCGUCCCUGUGAAUGAACCUCCAGGAAAACCUGUUGCCUCCCCAUCGUUCGCUGUUGAUCUCAAUUGUAGUGGAGGCGGAGAGGUUGGUAUCGUGGAUAGGGUGCCGACUUCUUUACAGUGUGCGGCACCGGCUGGUAUGGGUGAUGCAUUGCUGGAUGAUGUUGACGAUGAUAAUGUGGAGCCGGAUCUCAUUGGUGAUGACAGUGGCGAUGAGAUUGCCGCGAGUAAUCCAGCUGGGGCUGGCGGUGGUUCUAGCUCUGGGACACAGCAGUACCCUCCGCACUUUUUAUCUUUGGACUUGGAUGCCAUGAGACAGGAGGGGGUUCCUGGAGAACCUACUGGAUUUGGUGCUAGAGAUGCCCAGGGGACUGGUGGUCUUACAGAGUUUCAGGAUAAAGAUGAGGCUGUGUUAAGUGUGAAGACUUAUAGCAUCCGACGCGGGGUACAGUACAAAGUGGUGGAGUCCGACUAUCGCCGGUAUGUAGGGAAGUGUUCUGAGUUUGGAAAUGGGUACACAUGGUUGAUUAGGCUGUGUCUCCGGCAGCGCAAGGGUAUUUGGGAGGUAAAACGGUACAACGGACCUCAUACAUGUCUCGCGACGUCCAUCUCGAGCGACCACAGGAGUCUGGACUAUCAUGUAAUCUCGGCCUUCAUCAUGCCAAUGGUUAGAGCUGAUGCAUCCAUCAACAUCAAAGUACUGCUGAAUGCGACGGCGGCACACUUUGGGUCCAGGUCGACUUAUAAGAGGGUUUAG